AUGACUAAAAUUACCAGUGUCGAAGUUGGUCAAGCGACAGAAGGCGAGACCCGCGCUCGUCGUUCUGUACUCUCACCUAAUGAGCUCCUCACCACGCCCAUCGAAAGUGUUAAAACUGUGUAUGACAUAUUAAUUUACAGCUCAAAAACCUAUGGAAAAAAGCCCGCUUUGGGUUUCAGGAAGACCGAAUCUAUAGUUGAAGAGGAAAAGGAAGUUACGAAGAUAGUAAAUGGAGAAACAAUCAAAGAGAAAAAAACGUGGAAAUAUUUUCAAUUAUCAGGCUAUUCGUAUCUGAGCCAUUUGGAAGUACUUGAACAGGCAACGGAUAUUGGUGCAGGGUUGAUUCAGUUAGGAUUGAAUAAAGAUUUGAAACUUUCAAUCUACACUUUUACAAACGUCAAUUGGUUUCUCGUAGCGCAUGGUUGUUUCUCCCAAAGCAUUACGUUGACAACCGCUUAUGAUACGCUGGGUGAAGAAAAUAUUCUUUACUCCAUGAACGAGUCCGAAGCUUAUGCAAUCUUUACCCAUACCACUCUACUGCCCACCCUCAAGAAAGUUGCCGAUAGGCUUGUUUCUGUAAAGCAUGUGAUAUAUGACGGCGAACUUGAGGGAAAUAUCUUGGAAGAAAUUAAAUCAGUAAAUCCAAAUAUAAACUAUAUAACUCUGGACGAGGUCAAAAAGUUGGGAAAAGACAAUCCAGUAAAACCCAAUCCCCCGGAACCUCAGGAUAUAUGUUGUAUCAUGUAUACUUCAGGAAGUACGGGAAAUCCUAAGGGUGUCAUGCUGACACAUGCCAAUAUAAUUGCUUCACUUGCGGGCACAAAUAAAAAGUAUGGAUCUAUUUUUACCCAAGAAGAUACAUACCUUGCCUACCUACCAUUUGCCCACGUCCUUGAAUUCGCUGCAGAACAAAGUUUCUUGUUCCAUGGUAUAACUAUUGGAUUUGGAACGGUGAAGACAUUAACGGACGCGUCUGUACGCAACUGUUCUGGCGAUAUUCGAGAAUUUAAACCGUCAAUCUUUGGAGGAGUUCCUGCGGUAUAUGAAAUGAUUAAAAAAGACGUUUUAUCGAAGGUGAACGCCGCCAGUAUGCCCAUGCAACGAAUGUUUUAUGGUGCAUUUAGAACGAAGCGAUACCUUCGAGACAAAGGUUUACCUACAGGAUUUCUGGACAGAUUAGUAUUUAGUAAAGUCCAACAACAAUUUGGUGGUCGUAUACGAGUAGCGUUUUCAGGUGGUGCCCCUAUAUUUAAAGAAACUCACGAAUUCAUCACGAUAGUGCUAGCCCCACUGGUUCUUGGCUAUGGAAUGACCGAAAAUACCGGUCCGGCAACGUUAAUGACCCCUGAUGAAACUACAUGUGAAAACUGGGGGAUAGCCGGCUCAUUAUACCCAUGUGUCGAAAUAAAACUCGUAGACGUUCCUGAUGCUGGUUAUUUCUCCACAAAUAAACCACAUUCUCAAGGCGAAGUAUGGUUAAGGGGUCCGAUAGUAUCAAAAGGCUACUUCAAAAAUCCAAAAUUGACUGAAGAAACGUUCACAAAAGAUGGAUGGUUACAGACAGGAGAUAUUGGCGAAUUUACUGAAGCCGGCUCGUUGAAGAUUAUAGACCGUAAAAAGAAUUUGGUGAAAUUGGCACAUGGUGAAUAUAUUGCGUUAGAAAAAUUGGAAUCAGUGUAUAGAUCAACAUUGCAUGUUGCGAAUAUUUGUGUUUUUGCGGAUUCCUUGCAAAGAAAACCGGUAGCCGUUAUCAUACCAAUAGAAGCAAGAGUUAAUGAAUUAGCCAAGGAGAAUGGUGUGGAAGGAAAGUCAUUUGAAGAAUUGUGUGACGAUAAAAAAAUCGUUAAGGCAGUCCUUAAGGAAUGUCACGAGCAAGCGAAACGAGCUGACCUUAAACCGGCGGAAUACUUGGGCACAAUUGUCUUGGUGAGCGACGAAUGGACUCCACAGAACGGACUUCUAACUGCGGCAAAUAAACUGAAACGGGCUGGACUAGAGAAAAAGUAUAAAGAUGCGAUUGAUCGUAUGUAUGCUGACUUUGGAACUACUUAUUCGGGCUUCGCCUAUGCUAACGUAUCUAAUCCUGAAAUAUGCACAAAUGACUCUUGGCCUGGAAAAUUUGGUGAAUAUAAAACCAGUACGGCACUUCAAUAUGAUACAUUCUAUCGUAAGGUUGAGGCAUGGGGAUAUCCAGCGUUGGCAAAACGACCUAAUCGCUCUAGCGAGAUUGUCACUCCAUCCAUGAAUCCAACCGUGACUAAUAAUUUCAAUACUCCGAUGACCGUCCCGAAACCUGUGGAAUUAUUUAAGUUACAUUUGGGAGACAUGGCAAAAGGUGAAAAGCCGAUAUUGCCAAAAGAAAUAGGCUAUAAGAGAGCUAUUACAGAUUAUUUAAGAGAGAUGGAAACGAUCCUUUCGAUAUGGCCUGGAAUUGAUUUCCUGAAAAAUGUUCUGUUGGUGCUUACCGUGCCCGCCGAAUUUAGUAAUCAGGCAAAAGAAAUCAUGAAACAAUGCGUUAACGAUGCCGGAUUAAGUACCAGGAAACUGGAGUUUACUACAGAACCGGAAGCCGCUGCUAUUUAUUGUAUGAAGUACUUUAAAGAACAAUUCACUAACGCAGUUGGAUCUUCAUUCCUAACCGUCGAUAUUGGUGGAGGAACUGUUGACUUGACUAAACGCAAAAUACGCGACAACCAUACUCUUGACGAGAUCAGCGAAAGCACCGGUGACUUCUGUGGUGGUUCGUAUGUAGACAAGGAAUUUCUAAAAUUCAUUGAGGAAAAAAUCGGUGAAAUAGCGAUGAAACAACUCAGACAGAACAGUUAUGGUCAACUUCAGUACCUUGUCCAAGAAUUCUGUAGACGUAUUAAACUUCCAUUCACCGGUAACCCAGAUGAAUUCAAAGAAUAUGAGCUAGAUAUUGAAGAGGUUUGUCCUGUACUGAAGCAAUACGUUCAUGGCCUGGAAAGAACAAUAUUAGAAUAUGAUGAAUGGAUUAUUUCCAUCAGUUAUGAAAACGUGAAAGCAAUGUUUGAUCCAGUAGUUGAGAAAAUUUUAAAAUUGAUUGAAAACCAGAUAUCUAAGGAAGGAGAAUUUAUUUCAUCAAUCUUCUUGGUGGGUGGGUUCAGCGAAUCAAUAUAUUUACAGACAAGAAUUAAGGAAGAAUUCUCUUCUUUAGUUUUAAACAUUUCUGUACCGCCGCAACCGAUAGCUGCCGUGGUCAGAGGAGGGGUAGAUUAUGGAUUGAAUUUCGGCAUAAUUCGAAGCAGGGUAUUAAAAUUUACUUAUGGUGUAAUGGUCAAUCCGGUAUUUGAUGACUUCAAAGAUCCCAUUGAAAGGAAAAAAGCAGAUGGAAGAAUUUAUAAAUUCUUUAGACUUGCUGAAAGGGGAACACAAGUUAAGGUCAAUCAAGAAUUUUCCAGUUACUUUAUACCUUCCGCGGAAAGGGAUACCCGUAUAAGAUUCCCGGUUUACAUUACCACAGCUCAAAACGCUACCUAUGUCGACGAAUCUGGGAUGCGACUGUUAGGUAAUUUGACAAUCGAUUUGCCCGAACCCGAAUUGGGAUUUAAGAGACGAAUUUUCUUUUCUUUGACUUUUGGGCAAGCGGAAAUUAGAGCAAACGCAAAGAAUGUUAAAACUGGUAGAAGUUACGGAACUACAUUUGAAUUAAAUUUUUUGGAAGAAUAA